UGGAAUAACCUUUGACUUUUCAUGAUUUUUAAAAGGAAGGACGUCUUUAGUAAACCUAGUCUGUUAUUGAACUAUUAUUCCGUUUGCAUAGUAUGUGUAAUACGUGAGUGUGCUCUUAGCGUCGGAAUGGCUAGUCGACUGUGGCGCUGCUCUUGUGGAGAUUUACUGAGAGCAGAGUAGCUGCCUGUGCACUGCAGGCAUCAGGGCAUUCUCUCAGACGAUUCUAGUCCGGAUGGUAAAUACCAUACAUAUGCCUGAUAUCAUACACAUAAAUAAAUAUUCAAAUAUCUUUGUGUCGGUUGUUUGUUCACUCUACAGACUCUUCACUUUGGGGGAGGCCCAAGAUCUAUUUUUAGGUAUUAAGCGUUUGUUAUGGACGAUUUGGUUGGUAGUCUCUCCAUGACUCUGCGCCGUGUACGGGUGGUUCUUGUCAAAUCUUGGUCCAGCCUGGUUCCUGGGAUCUGCUGCGCUACGCUUAGUGUCGAGAAAUUAAACGAUUCUGGCAAACAGUAAAUAAGACUGGUUCUCCUUCGUACACGAUGGACACUACUCCUCUGCUAUCAGAACCAGAGGAUGGAUCCAUCCAAGAAUCCCCGUAUCACCUUCCACAGCCUCUUCGGGGUCCAUCUCUGGAUGAAUUAGCUGGAUGUGGUGUUGAUGUUAGAAGCCCCGGUGACGACAUUACAACGACGGGCAUCGACUUCAGGGACUACACGUCUCUCAGCACGAAUGUCCAGCUGGACAGAUUGAAAGAACACGAAGAACACGAACCAACUGUGAGAAAAGUCGUUUUUUCUCCUGAUGCGACGACUGCUGAUGCAGUUCCUUUGGACAUCCCAAGACGUAACCCCAUUCGUUCAGCAUCAACAUACAGUAAUCAGGAUCUCAGUGACCUUGACAGCGUAUCUACUUCCGCUCGUCACGAUGGCCACUACACCUCUGCCAGUAUCGAAGACAGGCACUCGAGACCUGUUCCAUCUUUUAGAGCAGGCACAGGAGACGUGACAACCCAGCCUCCAUCUGGUGAGAUAAUAAACGCGGACGAAUCUGUACAUCCACCACACUGGACAAGUGUUGCCCCUCCGCUCUCAGAAGGAAAGAGGUACCACGUCUUCUUUUCCUAUGAAAUCUCCGACAGAGAGUGGGUGGAGGAGGUCACCAGACGUCUAGAGUCGCCAGAGAUGGGCUUCAGAUGCAGCAUGCACGAGAGAGACUUUCACGGAGGUAAGCGUAUCAUUGAAAACAUCACCGAACACAUCCGGCUGUCGGAGAAGACGGUGUUGGUGCUGUCUCCAGACUUCAUUCAGAGUCACUGGUGCAUGUUUGAGAUUGAGAUGGGGAUGAUCCUGAGCAUGGAGGAGAGCCAGCUGCUGGUGGUGCCUGUGAUGGUGAAGCGAUGCUUUGUACCCGACAGUAUCAAGACCCUCACCUACAUUGAUGCAACUCCUGGUAAUGACUGGUGGCAGCGGUUCAUUGGGGCCAUAGUUUCUAAAGAGGACCUACGCGGUAACCUGACGGGUACAAAAGAAUUGAGAAUCGAGCCUCGUCACGGAAAUAUGGAUGCGUUGGUUGAGCUAUCUUCCAACUUCAAGUGUCCCUUGGGAGAACAGUUGAGGACCCCUUAUAUACCCGAGCCGUUACUGAGACAGGGUGUUCAGGUGCCACCAGAUGAGUUUCAACAAUCGAUGGACAUCAUUCGAUCUGCAAGGUGCUGGUGUGCAGUCCUCUGUGACAACGGACCAUGUUGUGUGCCAACCUUCACGAUCCUCCUUCUAGCGGGAAUCUCUACUGUAGCGCUGGGGGUGAUAGCAAAAGGAGAGCCACCGCUAAUAAUGAUAUUUCCAGUGUUUUUCACAUCUCUCUGGCUGUUCUUCGCUUUAACAUUUUGCAUUCAGAGACGAAUAAGACGGUCUCGACUCCGAAAAGCAGUUGCUGAAGUCAACGCGAUAUUUCUGAAGUACAACGUCAUCGUAGGAUAUAAGAUGCAAACGGCUGGUUGCAUUUUGACCCGGACAUAUCUCCAAUUUUGGUUUUAUAAUCCAACGGAAUGCAAGAACUUAUUGGCCAAUUUUCUGGAAGGAAUUGAAGGAAGACAUCUUGCAUCUGGUUCAAAUGCAGACAAGGCAUCGCAGCUGUUUCAACACCACUGCCUUGACUACACUUCCGCUUACAACGAAGGUCAGCUCAAGGUCAAACAUGGCGCUAGGCACGUCCGCAACGCCAUCUGCCUUUGUCAGUUUGUAGAGGACAAGUACUCAGAGGGCCAGCGUCUUCCUAUCAUGAUCGUAUGAAGUAAAUCCAUGCUUUAUGGCAUUGUGAUUUCCCAGGAUAGCAACACAAUGCUCCUUUAUGUACAAAAACACACUCUGUGUCAGGUCUUACUUUCUUAUGUACCAGUUUGAAUGUUUUCGAUGGUGAUAGUUUAGUUUAAAACAGAUUAUAAAAUUUCGGUAAUAUGCCUGCCGUGAUUAGACGGUUACCUACUUUGGUAAAACCGACAUUGCUGACAAAGCAAGAACAUAGGGAGAAAGAAGCUUUGUUUCGAACCGACAAUGUCUUAAUGCCAAUCAAAGAAGUCUUAGAUGUCUGACGAACCUGUGACUCUCCCAAUGAAUUGUGGCCCCAUUCUCUACUGAACUACCGGCCCUCCAUUUUAUAUAGACACGUAGUUUUAAAGCCUUCAGUUUCCAUUGAGCGUAGUUGGUUUGUUGGUUGGUUGUUCAAUGCCGCACUCAGCAAUAGUCUAGCUAUAUGGCGGCGGUCUGUAAAUAAUCAAGUCGGGACCAGACA